AUGGGUACAAUUAAGAAUAAGAAUAAUGGACGUGAGAAAAACUUCAAGAUUCACGAUAUUUGCUUAAACGUUAAAAGCAAUGUACAUAAUGGAAUUAAUUGUAACAAUAAUAAUGGAAGAAAUGGCCAAAGAACACAAUCAAAUCCAAUUCUCCGUACUUCCCAACCUGAAACUCAUCCACCAUCGUUAUCUAUCACUAAUACCAUAAACUCAACCGAAUCAAAUUCUAAACUGAAAGAUACAUCAAAUCCGCACGAAAAUGCGACCGCUACCGUUAACAUACAGAAUUCUAUCAAACGCAUACUAACACCCGAAGAAAUCAGCUCGACAUUUCGCACAAUGGCAUUCCGAAAAUGCGAGCGACAAGUAUACGGCCGGUAUAAACAUCAAUUAACAAAAUUCGUUCGUAGAAAAUGUGGACACUUGGAAAAAUUGGCCAGAAUUUUUUGUUAUCUCGGUGAUUUUUGGAAUUAUGAUAUUACUGAAAUUGUUCAAUGGUGCUUUUACUGGGUAGCAAUCGCAACCCUAAUUCUAUUAAUCAUGAAUCACGGCUCACUAAUCUCGACGAAAGACACCAGAUUCGCAGCAACCAACCAAGAAUACAUUGUCUUGCUAUCUCUUGCUGGUGUCGAAGCAUUGACCUUACUAAUCUGGGCAUUCAUCAGAUUCGCGUAUCCACGAAUCGUGAAAGACGCAAAAUGGUUGAAUACAAUUUGGUGGUGGCGACUGAAACCAAUCAUCACGAAUCUAGGAGAGAUUAGAGGUGACGCGGUUGGCUGUUUUCGGUAUAUUGCGUGGGAGAGUUAUACGUACUGGUUUCGAUGGGGAAUGGUAACGUAUGCGGGGGAAGUUGAUGCGCAAGGAAGACCACAUGGUCAAGGCGAAUGGGUGGAUGACUCUUUUGAUGGUGAAUGUUUGAAAGGUAUUUGGGAACGCGGAGAACCUGUUGGUCCAUUCCAAUCAAGAACAUCAGGAAGCGGUGACGCUUUCUUUUCGGUUCGCGUUGGCUUUGUCAAGAAUAGUAAUAUAGGGUGGGACGAAUGGCGAAUAUUUCCCAAGAUUUAUCGCCCUAGCCUAGAUUUUGACGUUGCAUCGGUAGAGUGCUCAGUGUCGGGUAAAUACUUGAAACAUCUUCCAAGAGCAACUAUAGUUUCGCAGAUAACAUCACGCGACUCUUUCCAUCACCAAGAUAUCGAAAGUAUGAGUUAUUAUGAAAGAUCGCCGAUUUUAUAUUGUCAGGAUCAGUUAAAGAUAUUUGCCGAGGAAAUGAACUCGGACGUAAUGUUAUCACAGGCAUCGAUUCUUGUUGAACUUGUAAAUGGGAAAUUUGUGGUACCUGGCUUUUGUCCUAUUAAUGAAGAAACAAUUGAAAAAGAACAAAUUGUUAUACGACGAGUUGCUGCCGGUCAAACUAACAAAAUUGAAUAUGGACUUGAAAUUAACGGGUGGCAUGCUUCAGAUAGUAACGAUGACAAUCUAGCAACUACUUCAUUUCCGACAAUUGGUCAAAGACGUCGUCGUGUUCAAGAAUGUAUAAUUUUUAUUCAUGGUUUUAAUUGUCCGUCGAAAUUUGCUAUGGAAACUUUUGGACAAUUUCUUGCACUUGCAGAUCUACCAAGUUAUAUCAAACCAUUCGUUUUCUCCCCGGCUGGAUCGAAUGCUUUUUGGUAUUGGGAAGCGAAGAAACAGGCAAUGUCUACUGAAGUUGUUAAUGAUUUCAAGACAUUUCUUAACGAGCUUAAUGCUUCUGGCUUUCAGGCAAUACAUUUAAUAGGACAUUCUUUGGGUUGCGCAUUAAUACUCGAAUACAGUUCAAUUUUCGAAAGUAUUUUCGUUACCCAUAAUAAAACUUUUGUAUCCACAACAGCUUCAUCAUCCCUCACUUUAUCAUCAUCAAACAAGACAUUAAUAAAAUUAUCAACAAUAACGUUUCUAAAUCCCGACACAGAACUCUACAAAUUUUAUCAUCACUACUCUACGCUCUCGAAACACUGUGCACACAUAACAGUCUACUCUAACGCGCGAGACUUUGCUCUCAAGGUCCGCGAAUAUCUUUGUGAUGCACCUUCACUUGGCCGACACACCGACAAUCUGAUUUUUGAGAAUAAACUAUUGGACGUCGAUUUGAUAGAUACGACACAACUGGAUGUGAAUAUUCACAAGAUUCGACAUAAUUUCUUUAAUUUAAAUCGAUUAUUGGUAGACGAUCUGAGGGAUAUUAUUGUAUUAGGCAAGCGGGCAAGGGAACGAAGAACUCGACUAAGCCGAAAAGUUACUGGUUUAAUGAUGCGAUCUGAGAGUGUUGUUUAUACAUUUUUGGUGGCGCCGAGUUAUGUUGUCAAUAAAUGA